AUGAAAAACCAAUCCCUAGAGGUGGUGAAAAUAGAUUCUAUCUUUCUUCUUACUUUGCAAGCCGGUGAGAAUAGGUUCACAGAUGCCUUCAUCGAUCACAUUCAUGAAGCAUUGGACUUUGUACAAACGGCGAAAGAAGCAGCUGCUCUAGUCACGACAUCCAGCGAUCCAAAAUAUUAUAGUCUUGGACUGGACAUAAAAAAUUUGAAGCAGGAACCAGCGAAAGUGGAGGCAUAUUUAGAAAAAUAUCAGCGACUUCUAUCCAGAGUCGUCACAUUUUCAAUGCCGACAAUCGCUGCUAUCAAUGGGCAUGCAGCGGCAGGUGGGGCAUUAUUUGCAAUGGCCCAUGAUGUAAAGUUCGUCUGCAAAGAAAAGGGUUUUUUUGUGAUGAAUGAAAUCGACUUGGGAUUGCACCUCCCAGCUGGUAUGGCAGCCAUGCUAAAGUACAAAAUUACCAAUCCAAACCUCAUUCGAGACAUUGCAAUCUGUCUCGCGUGUGUCCGACUUGCCGAGACAGUGAAGUGUG